AUGGUCGGGAUCAGCCCGUACAGCGUGCUGCACAACCCUGCCUACUUUCCGGAGCCAUUCGAGUUCCGGCCGGAGAGGUGGGUUGGGGACGAGGUCACUGAGGUCUCGAGCCGUGCCCUUGCGCCCUUUGCUGUCGGGGACAGGAGUUGCGCAGGCAAGGCAGUAGCUUACCUAGAGACCAGCCUAGCGGUGGCGAGGACGCUGUGGUAUUUUGACUUUGAGAAGGCCCAUGGUGCGGCCGGGGAGGUCGGUGGGGGCAAGCUAGGAGGAGACAGGCUUCGUGCCAGGCGGGAAGAGUUCCAGUUGUAUUAG